GUCAUCACUGCUUAGAGGAACAAGUGCCCCAAAGCCAGGCUGCAGAGCUGUUUGGUGGCCCCAGGCUGACCGGUAGACAUGGCUCAGUUUGCCCAGGUCCUGGCUGAAAUAGGUGAUUUUGGACGCUUCCAGAUACAGCUGAUGAUACUGUUGAGUAUCCCCAACUUCCUGUCUGCUUUCUACAUGUUCGGCCAGGUCUUCAUGUUCCAGGAUGAGGCCCACCACUGCUCAGUGGCCUGGGUAAAGAACCACACUUUGAACCUGAGUACCACGGAGCAGCUGACACUGAGCGUGCCUCUGGAUGCUGCAGGCAAGCCCGAGCCCUGCCUCAUGUUCCGGCCGCCCCCUGACGGUGCCACCCUGGAGGAGAUCCUCAGCCACCACUUCAAUGAGACACAGCCUUGCGAUGCAGGCUGGGUGUAUCCUGAGGACAGGCCUCUGUCCCUAAAGAAUGAGUUCAACCUGGUUUGUGAUCAGAAGUACCUGAAGGAGACUUCACAGUCGGUGUACAUGGCGGGGCUCCUCGUUGGGGCUCUCAUCUUUGGGCCUCUCUGUGACUGGAUCGGCCGCAAGGCCACUAUCCUAGUGCAGCUGCUACUCUUUGCCAUCAUCGGCCUGACCACAGCCUUCAUGCCCAGCUUUGAGCUCUAUAUGGUCCUGCGUUUUGCCGUGGCUACUGCUGUCGCUGGGUACACCUUCAGCAACGUGUCCCUGCUUACAGAGUGGGUGGGGCCCUCGAGGAGGACGCAGGCCGUGGUCCUGGCCCAGUGCGCCUUCUCCGUGGGGCAGAUGGUGCUGGCAGGACUCGCCUAUGGCAUCCGAAACUGGAGGCUUUUCCAGAUAGCGGGCACUGCACCUGUCUUGCUGCUCUUCUUCUACUUCUGGGCUCUGCCAGAGUCAGCACGGUGGCUUCUGACCCGAGGAAGGGUAGAGGAGGCUAAACAAGUGAUCCAGAAGGCAGCCUCAGUCAACAAGCGGAAACUCUCCCCAGAGCUCCUGAGUCAGCUCAUCCCAGAGAAGAUGGGCCCCUCAGGGAAUGCCCUGGAUCUGUUCAGACACCCGCAGCUCCGGAAGGUGACCCUGAUCCUCUUCUGUGUCUGGUUUGUGGACAGCCUGGGGUACUUCGGCCUGAGCCUCCAGGUCGGUGACUUUGGCCUGGACAUCUACCUGACGCAGCUAGUCUUUGGAACCGUUGAGGUGCCUGCUCGCUACUGCAGCAUCUUCAUGAUGCAGCGGUUGGGCCGCAAGUGGAGCCAGAUGCUGACUCUGGUUCUGGGCGGCCUCAUGUGCAUUGCCAUCGUCUUUGUCCCAGCAGAUCUGCCAGUGGUGGUCACUGUGCUGGCUGUGGUGGGCAAGUUUGCCACGGCUUCCGGCUUCACCAUCUCCUACGUGUACUCUGCCGAGCUCUUCCCCACUGUCAUCCGGAAUGUGGUAUCAUCUUUAGUCCCCAAGGAUUCUCUUCUGAGAUACCUUUUAAUCCACUGGAGUCAAUUUGGAUUACAAGAUUUAAGAAAGAGAAAAUUGACAUUCUCUAACUUUGUGACUUUAGUACACUCUAGGAGAUGAGGGAAAAUGGCCCAUUAAUGGUACAUCUAUCUAUCAGUUAGAUCUCUUUUGCAGAAAACAGAGCAAAUGGACUGAGGUACCCCAUGCCCAUGCCUUCAUGGUCCCGAAUCAGGAUCUGGACCUAAGAGCCUCUUACAGAAUGUGUCUAACCACCAAUCACUUUCAUUAGCCUCCCUUGGGACAUAUUUGAUGAUGAUUGUCUAAGUAGGCCCAUUCCUCCUAAUAAACCUGGGUUGUUGGAAGAGUCACUGACCAAUCCAAACAAAGAAAACACCAGCUCUGUUACCACCCUUCCUCCUUAUAAACCUCAAGACCCAUCUGCUCCCAGCCCAGCUGGACUUGCCAUAUCUUCCAGGACUUCAACUAAAAUCUGGAUUGCAUCUUUUUAGGGAGGUUGCUAAUGGAGAAAUGGGUACAAUUAGAGUCCAUGUCCCAUUCUCCAUGGCAGACCUGACACAGAAAAAACAACAAUUAGGACGAUAUUCUGAAAACCCUUCUCAAUGUAUUGAGGGCUCCCAACAAUUGUCUAUUGUGUUUAAUUUGACCUGGCAGGAUAUAGCCCAUCAUAUUAACUCACUGUUGCAACCCUGAGGAAAAGAACCAUAUCUGGGCAGGAGCUCGAGAAUUUGCCAAUAAACUAGUAGCCAGAGAUAGAGAUCAUUAUCCAGUAGGAGGCACUGAGGUUCCCAAUCCUGAAUCUCACUGGAAUUACCAAGAAGAAAGCAAAGUGAAGGAGGAGACCAUAUGGUCACCUGUUUAAUAGAAGGAAUGAAGAAAGGAUUCUCUAAACGAGUAAACUUUGAUAAAAUUCUGGAAGUUACUCAAGGACCCGAUGAAAAUCCAGCUCUGUUUCAGGGUCAUUUGAUGGAAGCCAUCCAUAAAUAUACAAAUCAGGACCCAAUCUCACUGAGGAAACAACUAUACUAACCAUUUUAUAAGUCAGUCAGCACCUGACAUCAGCCAAAAAGUGAUUAAGAUGGCUAGAGGUCCUCAAACCCUCACGAAGUGAGUAUAACUAAUGGAGUCUUUAAUAAUAGAGAUACGGGCUUACAACAGGAAAAGGACCAGAGAGCUCAAUUGCAGGGUAAAAUACAGGCUCAAAUACUGGCUGGUUCUCUUGUGGAUUCACCACACCACCAGACCCACCAGGCACCAGAGAAAAAGUCAGUUUCAGACACAGGACAAGGUAAGACCCUGCGCUACAAGUGCGGCCAAAUCAGACAUUGGAGCAAAGAAUGUCCAAACAAAGUCUCUCCACUGGGGCCAUCUCCUGUCCAUAAGAAAAAAGGACCUUGGAAAAGAGACCAUCCUCCUUUCCAGAGAGAGAGAAAGACAGGAACCCACUUCCCCACCCAAGAGCAGGCACCGGAGAAUCUGGCAUGAUGGGCCCCGAGACUGGUCCAGCUCCCUUGACAUCAAGCUGACUGUGCCCCAGCUUUCCCUGAUGUGGAAAGUAAGGCUUAUCAAUUUCCUUAUUGACACAUGAGCCACUUACUCUGUCCUCAUUCAGCACUCUGGCCCUACUUGUCCUUCUAACCACAAAAUUGUUGGCAGAGAAGGGGAAACCAAAAUGUGCCACCAGACAGUGAUUUUAACCUGUAAAUAUAGAAGUCAAUUGAUCACUCAUGUUUGUCUAGUCCUUCUGUCUUGUCCCACUCCAUUAGUUGGACGAGACUUAAUAUAUAAACUAGGAAGUUUAAAGAAGAGGGUGGCUUGCUCCCUUUAACACCUGGAGAAGUAAAACCUUACCCUGAUAUCCCUUCUAAUAUCUGGGAGGAAGUAAAUCCCCAGGUCUGGGAUUAUGAUGUCCCGGGAUGGGCUCUUAAAGCCCAACCAGCUGAAGCAACCUUAAAGGACCCAACCACUACACCUCAUAAAAAACUAUAACCUAGGGGUGCCUGGGUGGCUCAGUUGUU